AAAAUGGAUAAAUCAUAACCUAUCAAGAGAUCUUCUAAAUAAAAAGACACUGAUUAUUAAGAAAAACCUUAAGUAAGCCUAUCAUUUUGAAUGUAGUCUAAAAUAAUGUAGGAUACUCAAUAGAGUAGUCAAUAAUACAUAAUAACAGAUGCCACUUUUGAAUUGAUUAUAAGAGAAAGAGAUGCUUUAAUAGAAAGACUUGAAAAUGAAUAAAGAUAAUUGAAAUCAUAAUUGGACCAAAAGAAAAUUGAAUUAUGUGAACUUUCAUAACGAAUUGCAUCUUAACGUGGGAACCACCUUUUAAAACUUUAAUAGUCAGGCAUCUAAUUAAAAUAAAUACAGCCAGAUGCAGAUGCCUAUAAAUGA